CUCAUAUAAAAAAGAGGAGUUUAAAACCAUACAUAGAGAUGGAGUCUUCAAUAAUAUCAAUAAUAUUUCACCUAUACAUGGCGGUGUUGGUGCUGUUGUUUUCUUCAUCGCCGUCUCAUUAUUCAAUGGUGGUGGUGGGGCUGCAGGCACACUCUGUGCCGUCUUUGGAGAAGGCGAGACAAUGCCACGAUGAAGAGAAGGCUACCUUGUUCCAAUUCAAGCACAGCCUUCUCAGCAUCAAUCAAUGUGAUUGCCCUUGGGUUGACGAUCCAAAACCAAAACUGGAAUCAUGGAAAGAAGGGGGCGACUGCUGCUCGUGGGAGGGUGUGGAGUGUGAUCACCACCAUGUCGUCGGCUUAGACCUCAGUGGCAGUUGCCUCUUGGGUUCCAUAAACUCCAGCAGCUCCCUCUUUACCCUCACUCACCUCCAGAGGCUGGACCUCUCCUACAAUGACUUCAACUCUUCUCACAUCCCCUCUGCAGUCGGAAACCUCUCCCGUCUCACCCAUCUCAACCUUACCAGUUCCAACUUUUAUGGCCAAAUCCCAAUACAACACCUCUCCAAUAUCGCAACUAUUGUUUCCCUCGAUCUAUCUUUCAAUCCUGAUUUGGAACUUUGCAGUCUGAAAGGACUAGUUCAACACAUGAGCAACUUGAAGCAUCUCCAUCUAUCACAUGUGAACCUCUCUUCUUCAGCUCCACCUCACGACUUCCUCUCAAACUUAGCAUCUUUAGAGUCUCUGGAUCUUUCUUCAUGUGAGCUGAGGGGUGGGUUUCUCGCUGCCAUUUUCAAUCUCCCAAACCUCAAGAUGCUCGAUUUAAGCCGCAAUGAUGAUCUCAGAGGCUAUUUGCCCAACUUCUGUUCGGGGAGUCCUCUAAAAUCGUUGCGGCUCUAUCAUACAAGUUUUGGGGGGGUGUUGCCUCUCUCCAUCGGGAAUCUUGCCUCUUUGGAAGAACUAGACAUCGGCGGUUGCAAUUUUACAGGGGACCUUCCGAUGUCACUCGGUAAUCUUACCCAACUUGUUUCUUUAGACAUUUCAGGUGCUAAUCACUUCACCCCGGAUACUCUCAAUACUUCUUCAUUGUCGUGGAUUGGUAAUCUCAUCAAUCUCACUUAUUUAUACCUUGACAACAUGGACUUGACGGGGAAGUUACCAUCAAAGUUCAUUAACACCUCGAAGCCCAUGAGAGCCUUAAAUACAAGUCACAUGACAAACUACAUGGAGCUAGACUUGCAUCCGACUUACAGGUGGAGUGGCGAAGACUAUGGCAUAUUUGAUUACUCGGUGAUCUUGCACAACAAGGGUUUGGAAAUGAACUAUAUGAAGAUUCCAAAUAUUCUUUGUACCAUAGACUUCUCCUCCAACAACUUUGAAGGGGAGAUUUCAGGUGUGUAUGGAGAUCUCACGGGACUUCAGGCGCUAAAUCUUUCUAGAAACCAUCUCAUUGGGAACAUACCAUCUUCUUUCUCUAGCAUGAAAAAUUUAGAAUCUUUGGAUCUCUCCCUAAACCAUCUCUCGGGACAGAUUCCUAUGGAGCUCACAAAACUCACUUUUCUCUCAUCAUUUGAAGUGUCAUUCAACAAUCUCUCUGGCCCUAUACCGCAGGGAAACCAGUUCUGUAGCUAUGAUCCCAAAUCGUAUGAAGGGAAUCCUGGAUUGUCCUUUGAAACUUGGAAUAAGCAGUGUGGAAAUGCAAGGUCUUUGCCUCAACUACAGCAGGCUCCAUCCCCUACAGAAGAUGAUGACGACGAAGAUGACUCUAAAAUAAAGUGGAUGAUAAUAUCAAUUGGAUUCGCUAGUGGUUUGGCUGUUGGAAUGAUCCUUGGGAACGAGUUGACUACGAGAAAACACUAUUGGUUCGUCAAGACUUUUGCAAGGAAACAAAGAGGAUAUGCGUGAGAGGAGAAGCAUAUAUAUGCAAAGCAUUCUCAGUUGUGUUUGGAGCUGAAAGAGAAAUAAAUGGUUAUGUACUAU